AUGCUGCUGACAACAUUAAGGCGACGAGCUGCGCCGGCCUUUCAGAGCAUUUCCUCACGUCGUCUGGUAUCUACUCUUUCGUCCAACCCGCACAUCAAAGUCUUUCCCAGCACGGGUCUGCACAACAACCAUGUCCUCACGUACCUGGAUACGAGUCCACCUUCCACCGAGCUAGCGAUUGGCACCUCUACCGAAGACCCUCCCACGACGCGAUCCUUCUCCGAAAACAAGAACUUCCUGUCCAUACUAUACGAUGUCCUAUCCAAGCACGCAGCGCAAGACCCCCUCCUCCAGAGCCAAGCCCAAGCUUUCGCAGGUCCCGGCGGCGCAACUCUAGGCUCUGGCGGUCUCUUUGCCGCCCCACAGCAAUCCAAAAGGAGAAGAGGGCAGGCCAGCGGCGGGGGAGCCGGCGGUGCCAGUGCCCAGGGGGGCGCAGGUGGUGCCGGAGUUGGAGGUCACGUCCAUCUGUCGGAUCUUCGAAACCCACCGGACUAUGGUCGGAUAGCUUGGCCAGAAGAUAUACUCGGCAGCGUCGAGGUCGACGGCCAUGGUGUCAUUGUUGGCGAGUUUCAGCCUAGUGGAACGUAUCGCCUUCUGACGAAUGAGGGCAUUCUCGGUCUAAGCGACUUCAUGCGAGCCAAGCUCGUGGAGAGGCUCAAGGAAGAGGAAGAAAAAACAAAAGCCCGUUGA